AAACAGCUGAAAAUGUUAAAAUUCUGAUUUAUAGUAAGCAUUUGGGCCCCUUAGAUCUGUAACACUCCUAUGUAUGGUUAAUAAAUAUUCAGAACUAGAUAUUCCCAUGAAAUGUUGGAGAAAAAAAUGAUAUUUCCAUUGAAUAUCUCUGCUUUUAUCCAACGUGAAAAUUUCUUAUUGGUCCCAAGAUGAUAAGAAAUUUGUGUUCACGAACCAUUACAGUUCCCAAUUAAAAAACCUACCUGCUAUCGUUUCAUCUCCGGAUUACUUUACGCACUUUUUCACUCAAUCAAAAGCAGGAACUGCAACCACCAACAAGCAACAAUGGCAACCCUGUCUAGUCUUAACCUUGUAACCCCAAGAGUCGUGGCCAACCUACCAUACUCCGUAAAGGGUAGCCCGGUUAAGGUCCCAUACCUUAACCAGCCCCGGAAAAGGGUCUCCCAAUUGGGGACUGGGCGGAUGCAGGUAAUCAGACCGGUGAGAGCUGCCCCUGAGAGCAUAUCAGAAAAGGUGGAAAAGAGCAUCAAGGAAGCAGAGGAGAUGUGUUCGGAUGAUCCAGCGAGCGGAGAGUGUGUGGCAGCUUGGGAUGAGGUGGAAGAGCUCAGUGCGGCAGCCAGCCACGCCAGGGACAGGAAGAAAGAAAACGAUCCUUUGGAGAAUUACUGCAAAGACCACCCGGAGACUAAGGAGUGCCGCACUUAUGAUAAUUGAAAUGCUUUUUUACUUUAUGAUCCUUUUCCUAUGAUGAUGAAAAGGGAGUUUUAGAUGUUGUAAGACUAUUAAUUUGUUUGUGUGAAACUGAAGAUGUCAAUGGUGGUUUCCUCGUUCAACUGAUGUAAUCCUAUACCAUACAAUCCGGAAAAAGAUAAUUUGGUAACUCAAA